UGAUUUGGGAUGUCAUUCGCCGUUUUCCCGAGGACUGAUGAAUUCGCCUUCCCCAGAACAGAGUCAACCGACCAAGAGGUCCUGGGAGAGCCUGGGCUGUGCGGGUCUCCCAGGAAGGGGGACCGUGACCGCGCCCCCACCCCACCCCAGCUCCCUGCUCCCGGCUCCCGCCCCUCCAGCGGACUACAGCUCCCGGCAUGCGCGGCGGCACGGCACCUGCCCGCCUCUCCGCGCCCGGGGCUGCAGACUCAGCCGAGCGAUGAGGAUGGAGGCCGGGGAGGCAGCGCCGCCGGCGGGGGCGGGGGCGGGGGCGGGCGCGGGCGGACGCGCGGUGGGCGGCUGGGGCCAGUGGGUGCGGCUCAACGUGGGGGGCACGGUGUUCCUGACCACCCGGCAGACGCUGUGCCGCGAGCAGAAGUCCUUCCUGAGUCGCCUGUGCCAGGGCGAGGAGCUGCAGUCCGACCGGGAUGAGACAGGGGCCUACCUCAUCGACCGGGACCCUACCUACUUCGGGCCCAUCCUGAACUUCCUGCGGCAUGGCAAGCUGGUGCUGGACAAAGACAUGGCUGAGGAGGGGGUCCUGGAGGAGGCAGAGUUCUACAACAUAGGCCCGCUGAUCCGAAUCAUUAAAGACCGGAUGGAAGAGAAGGACUACACUGUCACCCAGCCCUUGCACCCACAGGUGCCGCCCAAGCAUGUAUACCGUGUGCUGCAGUGCCAGGAGGAGGAGCUCACACAGAUGGUAUCCACCAUGUCCGAUGGCUGGCGCUUCGAGCAGCUGGUGAACAUCGGUUCUUCCUACAACUACGGCAGCGAGGACCAGGCUGAGUUCCUGUGCGUGGUGUCCAAGGAGCUCUACAGCGCCCCCCAUGGGCUGAGCUCUGAGUCCAGCCGCAAAACCCAGGUCCCCGCCUGCACCCUGGCAGACCUGCAGCAGCGCGUGCACUGAGGGCUUCUCCUCGGCCCCCCGCCCGCCCCCCAAGCUGCCACCCCUGGUUUGUAGCUGGGUAGAGCAGGCGGGAGGGGAAGGCAGAGGGUGCUCAGAUCUGGGUCCUCGCCCUUGAGCUGCACUGCUGCCGCCAGCCCCUCUCUCCUCCCCACAGCCUCUCAGCCACCUUUGGGCCUGAGGCUCUUGGGCACGAGAGUUGGGGGGUGCAGACCUUUCCUCCCCAGCUGGCCCAUGGGCAGUGGCUAGGCCAGGCCAGGCCAGGCAGGAGGGUAGGGAGCUGAAACUGGGGGCUGAGCUUGCCCUACACCCCAGGAGCUCCUGCACCCCAGCCUUGUGGCGCCAGGCUCCUUCUUGACCUGGCCUUGAGGAGACAGCCAGAGCAGACUUGGGAUCCAGGCCAGGUGCUCCCAGCCCUACGGCAAUGUCACCUGCCUGUGGUAUGACUUGGGGACCCGUGCUGUCCCUCCUGGGUCACAGUUGUUCCGGAUACCCCCUUGGCCUGAGUCAGUGGCCACCUGCCUCUCCUGGCCCUGACCCCCCCACCUGGUCACCCCCAGCUAGCCAGGGACCCCCAAACCAUGCGCUGGGCCCCCUUCCUGGGUGCCCUCUUCCUUGGUUCUAAAGCCACCUCCUAGGGCCUCAGCCCUCUCCCUGCUCCCAGGGACCUGGUGACUCACCUGCCUCUCUCUCUCCCUCUCUCCCCUCCCCUCCCCUCCUCCAUCUCAAUCUCCUCUCUGUCCUUCUCCUGGUCCUGCACCCCCCAUCCUCACUGCCCCCCACCUCCCUCCCGGUGUUCUGACCACCCCUACCCACUCCCCCUGCCUCUCCCCCCCUCUUAUU